AUGUGCAGCGGUACGCAGGAGAAUAAACUUCGUACGCCUAAGAAAAAACGUCAGCCUCGACGUGUGACAUCGAAGGACAACUUUGACGUUGACGCUAUUCGUCGACAUGUAUACGACUAUUAUUUACGGAAAGAAAUUCCGAUCCUAAAAAAGCUUGUCACGUCAUUGCGAGAUAGUGAAUUAUUCCGUGGACAAAAGUCGUCGUUGGCUAAAGUGUUAAAAGACAGUGGCUUCUCUUAUAAAAAAGCCGACAAACGAAAAAUAUUGAUGGAACGUCACGACGUUGCUAUGGCUCGCUGCAACUUUUUAAGUAACGCAAAAAGAAUAGAAGAUUGGUCAAAUGUGAUUUUCACUGAUGAGACAUGGUCGAAUGCAUACCACACAGUAACUAAAAACUGGACUGAUGACACCGCUGCUUCUACUGGUUCUGUACCGAUGGGAAAAGGAGAACGCCUCAUCAUUUGUUACGCAGGGUCUUCGAAGGGAUUUGUGUCUGAUGCGUUGUUAGCUUUUAAGUCACAAAAGACGGUGGAGUACCACGAGGAAAUGAACGCGGAGGUUUAUGAACAAUGGUUUGAAGACAUGCUACAAUUGCUUGAAGAACCAUCCAUUAUAUUAAUGGACAACGCAUCUUACCACUCUCGUCAAGUUGACAAAAUGCCGUCGCAGAUCAACAAAAAGCAAGACAUUAUUGAUUGGCUAAAUCGACACGGAGAAAAUGUUGAUAACUCUAUGCUGAUAUUACAGUUACUGAAUAUACUAAAGACAAAAAAGCGCUUUUCCAAGCGGUACGUGAUCGAUGAAAUGGCAUCCAAAUAUGGCCAUAGAGUAAUUAGAAUUCCGCCUUAUCAUUGCCAAUACAACGCCAUCGAACUAAUAUGGGCACAAGUUAAAGGCUACGCCGCUCGACACAAUACAAGUCCACCUUUCACGGCGAACAAAAUGAUGGACUUAUUAAAAAAUGCCUGUGCUCAAGUUUCCACAGAAAAUUGGGCAGACGUUGUUCAAAAAACAAAAAAUAUUAUAAUUACUGAUUGGGAACGACAUCUUGCUUUCGACAAUUUAGAAGAUCAGGAGUUUAUUAUAAAUGUUAGUGAGCGCUCGUCAAGCGAUGAUGAUGAUGAAACAAGUUCUGAUUAUUGA